UGGCUUUAACCGAGCUGAAAAAUGGCGGCCGCUGUGUGUAGAGUCGGAAGCUCCGUGGGUCAAGUCCUCGCCAAAACUCGCAGUCCCGUCCUGCUGUCUCUGAGACGUGGACAGUCUUCAGUCAGCUAUGCCCAGAGUCUCUUGGGAGCCCCAGAGACCCAACUUACUAUUUUGGACAAUAAGUUCAGGGUUGCAUCUGAAGAUACUGGACAUGAUACUUGCACGGUUGGUCUGUGGAUCCGUGCUGGCAGUCGCUAUGAGCGUGAGAAGGACUAUGGAACUUGCUUUUUCCUGGAACACAUGGCUUUCAAGGGAACUAAGAAGUAUUCCCAAACAGCCCUGGAGCAGCAGGUGGAGUCUAUGGGUGCCCAUCUGAGUGCAUACACUUCCCGUGAGCAUACGGCAUACUACAUGAAGACCCUUACCAAAGAUCUGCCUAAAGCUGUGGAGCUGCUCUCAGAGGUUGUGCAGAACUGCUCCCUGAACGAGGCAGAUAUUGAGCAGCAGAGAAAUGUGGUGCUGCAUGAGCUAGAGGAAGCUGAGGGCAACCAGCAGGAAGUAUGCCUGGACCUGCUGCAUGCCACCGCCUACCAGGGCACUCCUCUGGGUCAAAGUGUAAUGGGCCCCUCCAGCAAUGCCAAGAAUGUGACUCGGCAGGACUUGGUGGAUUACAUCAACAGACAUUAUAAAGCCCCUCGUAUGGUACUGGCUGCUGCUGGAGGUGUUGAUCACGAGGAGCUAGUUGGUUUGGCCCAAACUCAUUUUGGUGGCGUGCCUUUUAAUUAUGAGGCAGACAGCAUCCCUGUGCCGUCACCAUGCCGGUUUACUGGAAGUGAGAUUCGUAUGCGUGACGACGAUAUGCCUUUGGCACACGUUGCCAUCGCUGUGGAGACUGCUGGUGUCACCAGUCCAGACAUUGUUCCUCUCAUGCUGGCCAACGCCAUCAUUGGCAGCUAUGACCUCACCUAUGGUGGUGAUAAAGUAGGAAGACUUCAUUUGUCCCUUGCAUGGUUUUAUUUAUACAUCUUGAAGAAAGACAAGUUAAAUCUGUGACAUUAGUGCCUAUUUGUUAAAAAAAAAAAAUCCUCUUUAAGCUUUGCCUACUUGGUACUGUUUAUGUCCUGAG